AUGCAGCAACCAGUGAUGGACGGAGGCGCAGCCUACGAACCCUCCAUUAGGAGUUACGAUGAUCUUUUCCCAGCCCUCCCGGAAUCCACCCCGCAACAACUCAACAACGCCACCGCCGGCAAAUGGGGAAGCAUCGACAACAACAAGAUGAGAGUGGGAUCAUCGACAAUAACACAAGUUUUCAGAGUUCCGCACGAAGAACGCAAGCUAGACGUACAAAAAUUCGGCGAAGGAGAAUCGAACCACACUUGCGGCAACAUCAUGAAAGAAACCGGAGCCCACAUCGAAAUUUCCCACGCCAAAGAUCAGUCGCUCACGUUUCUGGUUACGGGAAAGCAAAACGAAGUACUCGAGGCCCGUAGGAAAAUUCUGACGCACUUUCAAACGCAAGCGAACAAGAAGAUAUCGAUUCCCAAAGAGCACCACCGUUGGAUAUUGGGCAAGAAGGGCGAGCGGCUGCGCGACUUGGAGAAGAGCACCGCCACGAAGAUCUCCAUACCGCCCAUGAGCGAAGCCUCGGACAUCAUCGUGAUAACCGGCACGAAGGAGGGCAUCGAAAAGGCCGAACACGAAAUCCGCGUGACGUCCGAUCAGCAAUCGAAGAAGGCUUCGGAGCGUUUGAACAUUCCGAGGCAUUUCCAUCCGUUCAUCACCGGCCCGUUCAACCAGGACCUGAACAGCCUGAUGGCCGAGACCGGCGCCAAGAUCAACGUGCCGCCGCCGUCGGCCAACAAGGACGAGAUAUUCAUCGCCGGCGAAAAGGAGGGCGUCAUGGCGGCCAAGAAUAAAAUCGAGGAAUUGUACCAACGUUUGGACAAGAAAUUGAGAACGGUUUCCGUGGAGGUGCCCAAGGCCCAACACAAGUACGUCAUCGGACCCAAAGGCUCGACUAUUCAGGAAAUUCUCCAAACGACCGGCGUCAGCGUCGAGAUACCCCAAACCGAUUCGCCUUUAGGAACCAUCACGCUUCGAGGUCCCCACGACAAAUUGGGGCCCGCCUUGAACGUCGUCUACGAGAAGGCGAAUUCGGUGCGUUCGAGCGACGUGGACGCCCCCUCGUGGAUACACAAGUACAUCAUCGGCCGCAAAGGGGCCAGCAUCAAGGAGAUCACGCAGAAUCUGACGAAGGUGCACGUCGAGUUCACCGGCAAGGACGACAAGAUCAAGAUCGAAGGGCCGCCGGACGAGGUGGAAAAGGCGCAGGAGCAGCUCGAGAAGAUCGCCAAGGAUCUGCUGGGGAAGAUGACGUUCGUGGAGAUACACGUCGAUCCGAGGUUGUUCAAACAUAUCAUUGGAAAGAGCGGAGCGAACAUUAACAAACUCAAAGAGGAAUUCAACGUGUUGAUUAACAUUGAAGAGAGCGGUUUGGUUAGGAUCGAAGGUAACGUAAAUGACGUUGCGAGUACUAGAGCUGAAUUAGAACAGAGAGUGUUUAAAUUGGAAAACGAAAAAGAAAAGGACGUCAUCAUUGAACAAAGGCAUUACAAGAGCAUUAUCGGUGUGAAAGGUGAAAAGAUCAAGGAUAUCAAAGACAAAUUCAACCAAGUUCAAAUCUUCUUCCCCGGAGCAGGGGAAAGGAACGACAUCGUGAAAGUCAGAGGACCGAAAGAAGACGUUGAUAAAUGCGCCAGAUAUUUAGAAAAACUAGUCAAAGAACUCAACGAAUCUUCGUACUCCGUCGAUUUGCCCAUCUACAAACAAUUCCACAAAAACAUCAUAGGGAAAGGAGGCGCUAACAUUCGCAAAAUUCGCAACGAAACCGGCACGAAAAUCGAUCUGCCCGCCGAAGGCGACGUCAACGAUUCGAUCACCAUCACCGGCAAGCGCGAGAACGUCGAGGAAGCCUGCGAGAAGAUCCGAAGGAUCCAGGACAAUCUGGAGAACAUCGUCACCGAGGAAAUAACGAUAGCCCCUAAAUUCUACAAUUCCCUAAUAGGCGCCAAAGGCAAAUUGAUACGCUCCAUCAUGGACGAUUGCGGCGGCGUCACCAUCAAAUUCCCCACCGCCGAUAGCAAAAGCGAUAAGGUCACCAUCAGAGGACCCAAAGAUGACGUCGACAAGGCUAAGGUGCAACUCCUGGAAUUGGCCAAUGAAAGACAACUAGCCAGUUACAGCGUUGAAGUUCGUGCUAAACACCAACAGCACAAGUUCCUCAUCGGCAAAAACGGCGCCAAUAUCAAGAAGAUCCGAGACUCUACGGGCGCUCGUAUAAUUUUCCCUUCGGAAACUGACGAUGAUAAAGAGAUUAUAACGAUCAUCGGUAAGAAGGAAUCUGUCGAGGAGGCGAAAGCGGCAUUGGAAAGCAAAAUCAAAAAUAUCGACAAUAAAAUCGAAAGCACAAUGCAGGUGGAUCAACGGCAUCAUAAGCAUUUCGUCGCUCGAAGGGGCGAAGUUUUAAACAAAAUAUCCGAGGAAUGCGGCAUCGAUACGAUUUCGUUCCCGCGAUCCGGAAUCGACAGCGAUUGCGUCGUUUUGAAAGGCCCUAAGGAAUGCAUCGAUGCGGCCAAACAGAGAAUCAACGAAAUCAUCGCCGAUUUGGAAUCGAUGGUCACCAUGGAUUGCAUCAUACCACAGAAACACCACAGAACCGUUAUGGGCAAAGGCGGUCACAAAGUCCAGAACAUCACGUCCGACUACGAUGUUCAAAUUAAAUUCCCCGAACGCGACAACCAGGAGGAAUAUUUCAAUUACGAGCAAAUGAACGGAGACGUCAACACCGAACCCGUCAGACAAUGCGAUGUUAUCAAAAUUACAGGAAAGGAAUCGAACUGCCUGCAAGCGAAGCAAGCCCUUUUGGACUUGGUGCCCGUCACCAUAUCAGUCGACGUGCCCUACGACCUUCACCGAUCGAUCAUCGGCCAGAAGGGCCGCGACGUCAAGGAGCUCAUGGACAGAUUCGACGUGCACAUCGUCCUGUCGCCACAAAAAGUCCGAGAAGACGUCAUCAAGAUCACCGGCACGCCGCGCAACGUCGAAGACGCCAAAGAAGCGCUGCUUGACAAGGUCAAAGAACUGGAGGCCGACAAGAAGGAGAGAGAGCUGAAAUCGUACGCGCUGCAGGUGGAAGUGCCGCCGGAGUACCAUCCGAAGAUCAUCGGCAAGAAGGGCGCCGUCAUCACGAAAAUCAGGAAGGAUCACGACGUGCAAAUUACUUUCCCCAAAAUCGGUGAUCCGGAGGAAUCAAUCAUAACGAUAACGGGUUACGAGCAGAACGCCCACGACGCCAAAGCGGACAUCUUGAAGAUCGUGAACGAAUUGAACGAUCUGGCCAAGGAGGAGAUCCAAAUCGAUCGGAACGUCCAUCCGCGCCUGAUCGGCGCCAAAGGACGUAACAUCCGCAAAAUCAUGGAAGACUACAACGUCGACAUCAAAUUCGCGAGGAAAGAGGAUCCCGAUCCGAAUCUGGUGAUCAUCACCGGCCCGGAAGAGAGCGUCUUAGAAGCCAAAGAUUAUUUGCUCAAUUUAGGAGAAGAAUACUUGCAAGACUACGAAGAGCUUCAAACUCGCGACAGACUCCACACGUUGAGUUCGCAUUUCGAGCAGACCGGCGGCCAGCCGGUGAACAAUCGCCACGACGGCGGCCCGAACAACGGAUUCGUGGUGCAAGGUGGCCCGUGGGAACAGCAAAGGGCGGCGGCCGCUCCCAACACGGCCAGCGUCACCGAAUUUCCCUCGAUCAAUUCCAAUCAGGAAGAGUCCUUCCACGCGGCUCCUGCGCCGAUGGCGGGCGCGUGGGGCUCGCGUCGUUAG